UGUCUGCACACCUCGCUCUGUCUGCCAUGGCUGGUUAAAGAACCAUCCGGAUCGCAGCACGGGGGGAGGGUAGGGUGGGGGGGAGAGUGGCGGCCGCGCGUGAGGCCGAGGGAGGGGCGGCGGCGCGAGCGGCGGCGGCGGCGGCGGCGGUUCCAGCAUGAAGAGGAGAGCUGGCCUGGGGGGCAGCAUGAGGUCAGUGGUGGGCUUCUUGUCCCAGCGGGGCUUGCAUGGGGACCCCCUGCUCACUCAGGACUUUCAGAGGAGACGCCUGCGGGGCUGCAGAAACCUCUACAAGAAGGACCUCCUCGGCCACUUCGGCUGUGUCAAUGCCAUUGAAUUCUCCAACAAUGGAGGCCAGUGGCUGGUCUCAGGUGGAGACGAUCGCCGGGUUCUGCUAUGGCACAUGGAACAAGCCAUCCACUCCAGAGUCAAGCCCAUACAACUGAAAGGAGAGCAUCAUUCCAACAUUUUCUGCCUGGCUUUCAACAGUGGGAACACCAAAGUAUUCUCUGGAGGAAAUGAUGAGCAAGUUAUCCUCCAUGAUGUUGAAAGCAGUGAGACCCUGGAUGUGUUUGCCCAUGAAGAUGCAGUAUAUGGCUUGUCUGUGAGCCCAGUGAAUGACAACAUUUUUGCCAGCUCUUCAGAUGAUGGCCGAGUUCUCAUCUGGGACAUCCGAGAGUCUCCUCAUGGAGAGCCCUUCUGCCUGGCCAACUAUCCAUCAGCCUUUCACAGUGUCAUGUUUAACCCUGUGGAGCCCCGGCUAUUGGCCACAGCCAAUUCAAAGGAAGGAGUGGGACUCUGGGAUAUUCGAAAACCUCAGAGUUCUCUCCUGCGCUAUGGUGGCAACCUCUCCCUCCAGAGUGCCAUGAGUGUACGAUUCAACAGCAAUGGGACCCAGCUCCUGGCCCUGAGGCGCCGCUUACCUCCUGUGCUCUAUGAUAUCCACUCCCGCCUACCUGUGUUCCAGUUUGACAAUCAGGGCUACUUCAACUCUUGCACCAUGAAAAGCUGCUGUUUUGCAGGAGAUCGUGACCAGUACAUUCUGUCGGGCUCUGAUGACUUCAACCUGUACAUGUGGAGAAUCCCUGCAGAUCCAGAAGCAGGUGGCAUUGGUAGGGUGGUCAACGGAGCCUUCAUGGUACUGAAAGGGCAUCGAUCUAUUGUUAACCAGGUUCGGUUUAAUCCCCACACGUACAUGAUCUGCUCUUCUGGUGUAGAAAAGAUUAUCAAGAUCUGGAGCCCAUACAAGCAGCCAGGAUGUACUGGAGACCUUGAUGGCCGUAUUGAGGAUGAUUCUCGCUGCCUCUAUACCCACGAAGAGUAUAUCAGUCUUGUGCUAAACAGCGGCAGUGGCCUGUCACAUGAUUAUGCCAACCAGUCAGUCCAGGAGGACCCCCGGAUGAUGGCCUUCUUUGACUCCCUGGUACGCCGCGAGAUCGAGGGCUGGAGUUCCGACUCGGACAGUGACCUCAGCGAGAGCACUAUCCUCCAGCUACAUGCUGGAGUCAGCGAGCGCUCAGGCUACACGGACUCAGAGUCUUCGGCCUCACUGCCUCGCUCCCCGCCCCCCACGGUGGAUGAGUCUGCCGACAAUGCCUUCCACCUGGGGCCCCUGCGGGUCACCACCACAAACACAGUGACAUCAACUCCACCACCACCUUCGUGCGAGGAUGCCAUCUCUCGCCAGCAGCGCUUAUCUGCUCUGCGACGAUACCAAGACAAGCGCCUCUUGGCCCUUUCCAACGAGUCUGACUCUGAAGAGAAUGCCUGUGAGGUUGAACUGGACACAGAUCUCUUCCCUCGGCCGAGAUCACCCAGCCCUGAAGACGAGUCCAGCAGCUCCAGCAGUUCCAGCAGCUCUGAGGACGAGGAGGAGGAGGAGCUGAACGAACGCCGAUCCUCCACCCGGCAGCGAAAUGCCAUGCGGCGUCGGCAGAAAACACCCCGAGAAGAGAGGCCCAGUGCCCCAGCCAAGCCCACCAACGCCUACAUUGGAGAAGACAACUACGAUUACCCUCAGAUCAAAGUAGACGACCUCUCCUCCUCCCCUGCCUCCUCCCCUGAGCGUAGCACUUCCACUUUGGAGAUUCACCCAAGCCGGGCCUCUCCAACCUCAGACAUAGAAUCAGUCGAGCGAAAGAUUUAUAAAGCUUAUAAGUGGCUCCGCUACUCCUAUAUCUCCUACUCAAAUAACAAAGACGGAGAGACCUCCCAGGUUAUUGGGGAACCAGAUGAUGGGAGAGCAGGAACCAGCCGCAAGGACAACCCAACCCCUUCUUCCAGUAAGGAAAUCUGUCUAAACACAGCCAUAGCCCAGAGAAACCAGGAUCUGCCGCCGGAAGGCCGCAGCAAGGAUACUUUUAAAGAAGGGGCUUCUACUAGAAACCCCAGCAGUGGCUCCAGCCAUGAGCAUAGCAGCCACACUUGGGCAGAGGCACCAGAGGGCACCUCUCAGGACACUGACAAUGGUGGCUCUGUAGAACACUCUUUUGAAACCAAGAAGCUCAAUGGAAAAGCCUUGAGCAAGGCCCUGAGCAGCCGGGCUGAGGAGCCGCCCUCUCCUCCUGUCCCCAAGUCAUCUGGCUCCACUCCCAGCAAUGCAUCUGGCAACUGUCCCAGGACCCUGUCCGACGACAGUGAGGAGAGGAGCCUUGAAACCAUCUGUGCCAACCACAACAAUGGACGGUUACACCCCCGCCCUCCUCACCUCCACAACAAUGGGCAGAAUUUUGGGGAACUGGAGAUGGUCACUUACUCUUCUCCAGGACGUUCAGACACUGACCACGAUAACUUGUCCCUGCCAGGGCCACUCCUACACAGAGAUUGUUGUGGGUCUGAAAUGGUCUGUGAGACCCCCAGUGCUGGAACGAGAGAGGACCCGACUGAUCCCCCAGCCACAGACAACAGCAGCAGGGGUGUUCAUGGCCACAGUGGCCUCAAAAGGCACCGAGUAGAAUUGGAAGAUGGAGAUCCAGAGAAUUCUCCCUCAGAAAAGAAAUUAAAGACAUGAUUAAUCAAAGGGGAGGGGCAAAGGCUAUGAAAAGUAGCUUUACCAAAAAACAAAAACAAAACAAACAAACAAAAAAACCCUGUUAGUAAACACAGAGGAAAGGAGAAAAAAGUAUUAAAGGCACAUCAAAACCAGGGCCUGAAAUUUUGUGUCUGAUGCUGCUCCCUUCUAUUUAACAAUGGGUCUGAACGUUUAGUUGGCUGUUGGCUUAUGCUGUGUUAAGAAAGGGAAAAAAAUCCAAGUGACUCCUCUAGUGAGGCUUGAACAUAGUGUACCUGUGCAAGGUUCUGUUCAUGUAACUCCUCGUUGAGACGUUUGACUUAGUCUUAAUGUAUGUGUGCGCUGGCACGCAUGAGUUCAGCCUCUUUGCCCAGCUGUCUCAUAAGACUUUUCUUUUAGUUCUCCAUCAGAAUGUAUCUUUGGAUAUGUAUUUUUUGCCAUCUCAUUCUGUUUACAUCCCAUAGGUAUUCUGGUCUUAAUGAUGAGUGCCUGUUAAAUUAGGUUGUGCUGCCACUGAAUUGUGGAUUUCUGCUGGAAGAGUAAGGAAAAUGGAAACAGGCUUUUAGCCCAUUGGUUGUGCUAGAGAGGAAAGCAUGGUCGCAUUUUAAAGAAACCUUCCAUGUUCUCUCUCAGUAAUACUUCUUUGAGCAUUUAGUGUGGAUAUACUUAAAAAUGGAGUAUUUUUAAUGCUAAUGAGAGGUUAGCACUUAAGAUCAAAUCAAUAACAUAGAUCCCUGAUAAAUUUCUGUUUGCAAAUUGAAUAGUGCUGCAACAUAUACUGUAUGGAGGCCACAAAAUAGGGCUAGUUGUGGUAACACACUUUAACCAGUUAGGUACUAGUUUCUGAAGGCACUCAAAAGGCCACAUGUGCUUCCUUGGCGACAUGUGAUGGAUCUAGGCAUAUUGAAAGGGGAAAAGAGAGCUUGCAAGGGCUUUGUGUUGAACUACUAAAGUGAACAUUUAUAGGUGUGUUAAUGAAGAGUAGUGAAGAGGAAAGUGUGGUUCUAGAUUCAUUUAAUUCAACCCAAAGCCAUUGGUCAGAAUUGUCAGGACUGGCAUCUUCCCUCUGGCUUGCAAUUGACAGAAGCUGUGGUGUUUGGCUAGACUUUGCAGAGCAGUGGGCACCUCCAAGUCACAGAUUUCUUAUUGAAUAGGACUGCUAGGAGGCACAGGGUGUGAGAGAGGAGUUCUUGCUUUAAAACUCAUGGCUCCCAGAAGAGAGAGACUCAGUUGCACUGAGGCAGAUGAUUGAGGGAGAGAAGACCAAGAGAUUUGCAGUGGUGUUUAUGGUCACCUGGGUAUCAGUGAAGGGCUGUGCAAGACAGGAAGGGCUAGGAAUGACCAGAUACCUUGUUGGCUUAGACGUCCUGAGAAGGCGGGACAAACACUGAUGAGAAAUCAGGAAGAGAGAGAGAGAAGAGCAAGAGAUUUCUUGUGUGCAAAGGUGCUAGACAACUAGUAGCCCAGCCAGAGUUGGCUUCGGGGAGGUCCUCCUGGAUGUCUGAUGUGGCCUCACUGACUCAGCCCUCCUUUUAGAGGAGGACCUGACCUGCUGGAACUGGGGUGGGGAGAGACAGCCUGUGGAGUUUGAAGACUUGGAUGAACACAGGCACUGGUGGUAGGGGAUUAUUUAUGAAAGGAAGGUUGUUGACCUAGGCCAAAAGGUGAUGACAUCCUGCUAAGCUUUUUGCACAAGGAAAGAUGUGCCUGGUUUGUAUGAUGCAACUUGGGUAUG